AAACAAUAUUCAUGAAUGUUUAUUAGGUUAAAUAAAGUUUAUGAUUUCUUUAAAAAGGUCACGUAAGAAGAGAUCUCGGUCCAGAUCAGGAAGUCGAGACAGGACCCGGCGCUCUAGAAGUCGUGAAAGAUAUAAAGAGCGAAAGAGAUCUCGGAGCAAGAGCCAGGAAAAGACGAGAGAUAAAACAACUCGCAAACCAAGAGAACGAGAACGAGAGCGAGAACGAGAUCGAGAACGAGAAAAAAAGCGAAAGAGAUCAGAGAGUAGUUCAUCUCACAGUGUAUCGUCAAGUAAGAGUCGGAGUCGUAGCCCUGGUCAAAAAAAGAAGGACAAAGACACUCAGCGAAAGCGUCGAUCUCGUAGCAGAAGCAAUGAAAAGAAGACAAAGAAAGAGAGACCUCGCAGUAAGGAAAGAGACAAAGAUCGUGACAAAGAUAGAAAAAGACGAUCAAAAAGCCGCAAUCGAUCAAGUUCUCCUGGUUCACGAUCAAAAAGUAAAAGUCCAGAUAAGGAGCAAAAGAAAUCCAAAAGCAGCCGAGACAAGAGGAAGCGAGAUGAAGGUGACAGCUCAGAUCGGACCAAGGAAAGCAAGAAAUCCAAGGAGGUGCUGAGUUUAUUACUCUCACUACCUCAAACUCUUUGUGUGAAAUGUUCAUGGGACAAGGUACAGAGACUUGUCCCCAGGACUUGUCUCCUCAUUUGUUCCGACCUUUAUUAUUUGAGCAAAAUCAAAUUUGUCAUGGCUGAAACCUUUUUUUUUGCAGGGAAACUCAGAAAAGGAGAACCAUACUUGGUCAGACACUUUGUGACGAUGGGUAGAGACACCAAGUCACGUAAGAAGAGAUCUCGGUCCAGAUCAGGAAGUCGAGACAGGACCCGGCGCUCUAGAAGUCGUGAAAGAUAUAAAGAGCGAAAGAGAUCUCGGAGCAAGAGCCAGGAAAAGACGAGAGAUAAAACAACUCGCAAACCAAGAGAACGAGAACGAGAGCGAGAACGAGAUCGAGAACGAGAAAAAAAGCGAAAGAGAUCAGAGAGUAGUUCAUCUCACAGUGUAUCGUCAAGUAAGAGUCGGAGUCGUAGCCCUGGUCAAAAAAAGAAGGAUAAAGACACUCAGCGAAAGCGUCGAUCUCGUAGCAGAAGCAAUGAAAAGAAGACAAAGAAAGAGAGACCUCGCAGUAAGGAAAGAGACAAAGAUCGUGACAAAGAUAGAAAAAGACGAUCAAAAAGCCGCAAUCGAUCAAGUUCUCCUGGUUCACGAUCAAAAAGUAAAAGUCCAGAUAAGGAGCAAAAGAAAUCCAAAAGCAGCCGAGACAAGAGGAAGCGAGAUGAAGGUGACAGCUCAGAUCGGACCAAGGAAAGCAAGAAAUCCAAGGAGUCAAAGAAAGAUGUGACAAGUUCAAGUGUCGAUGUAAAGCCUAAUGAGGAUGACAAGGAUGCGGAACAAAAACGAUUGGAAGAAGAGAUGCAGAAGAGAAGAGAAAGAAUAGAGGCAUGGAGAGCCCAACGUAAAAAAGAACAGGAAGAGAAACAAAAGAGUGAAGAAACUGUAAGCGAGGACCAGCAAAAGAAGAAGAAGGCCUGGAGUCUGGAGGAUGAUGAUGAUGAUGACGAGGAAGAUGAAGUACAAGGGGUCAAGGAAGAGCAGGAUGCUGAGGAUGAGCCAAAACUUAAGAAAGCCAUAAAUAAUAAAAAGGAUAAUACAAGUGUUGCUAAUGGAAAAGUUAAAGAGGAGCUGCAGGAAGAUGAUGAUACUGACCCACUGGAUGCAUUUAUGGCUGAUGUGAACAAAGAGGUGAAGAAAGUAAAUGCGCUGGAUCAGAAGAAGAGAGUCGGCAAAGCUGGGAAGGCAACAGUGAUACAUCAUGUCGUCACCAAAACCAAAAAGAGGGAUCCAACCAAAGGUGAAUUGAUGGAAAAUGAUCAAGAUGCAAUGGAGUAUUCGUCAGAGGAAGAUGUGGAAGAGGAGACAAUCGAGUCAACUUAUGCACACUUUAAAACCAAGAAGAAGAAGGAUCUUCAAGCAGUUGACCAUGAGAAAGUGUACUAUUCUACAUUUAGAAAGGAUUUCUAUGUUGAAGUCCCAGAACUGGCCAGAAUGACCCCAGAAGAGGUUGAUGAAUUGCGAGGAAAACUGGAGAACAUUCGAGUUCGUGGGAAAGAUUGUCCAAAACCUGUCAAAACAUGGGCCCAGACAGGAGUCAGCUUAAAAAUUCUAGAUGUUCUCAAAAAGAAUGGUUAUGAGAAACCCACACCGAUUCAAGCCCAGGCGAUACCAACCAUCAUGAGUGGCAGAGAUAUGAUAGGAAUUGCCAAGACAGGCAGCGGCAAGACAUUAGCAUUUCUUCUUCCCAUGUACCGCCAUGUUCUGGAUCAGCCUGAUCUUGACAGGGAGGAUGGACCAAUAGGCAUUAUAAUGACACCAACAAGAGAGCUUGCUCUUCAAAUCUACCGCGAAUGUAAGAAGUUUUGCAAGCCGCUUAAUCUGCGAGUUGUCUGUGUUUAUGGUGGCACAGGAAUCAGUGAGCAGAUUGCAGAACUAAAGCGUGGAGCAGAAAUUAUUGUUUGCACUCCUGGUAGAAUGAUCGACAUGCUGACAGCCAAUAAUGGUCGGGUGACAAAUUGUCGCCGUUGUACAUAUUUAGUCCUGGAUGAAGCGGACAGGAUGUUUGAUAUGGGGUUUGAACCUCAGGUGAUGAGAAUUAUCGACUGCAUCAGACCGGACAAGCAGACAGUCAUGUUCUCAGCUACUUUCCCGCGUCAGAUGGAAGCCCUGGCCAGAAAGAUCCUCACUAAACCAAUUGAGAUACAAGUUGGGGGUCGAAGUAUUGUUUGCUCAGAUGUACAACAAAAUGUGAUUGUUAUUGAAGAAGAUGACAAGUUCUUGAAGCUACUUGAGUUGCUUGGAAUUUACCAGGAACAAGGUAGCGCUUUGGUAUUCGUCGAAAAGCAAGAAAAAGCUGACAUGCUGUUUAAAGAUCUCCUGAAAACCUCUUAUCCUUGUCUAUCUCUCCAUGGAGGUAUGGACCAGUUUGAUCGUGAUAGCACAAUAGCCGACUUCAAGAAUGGAGUGACAAACUUAAUGAUUGCAACUUCAGUUGCCGCGAGAGGUCUGGAUGUGAAACAGCUGAUCCUAGUGGUGAACUAUGACUGUCCAAAUCACUAUGAAGACUAUGUACAUAGAUGCGGGCGAACUGGUCGAGCGGGAAGGAAAGGAACUUCAUACACCUUUGUCACUUCAGAACAGGGAAGGCACGCAGGUGAUGUCAUUAAGGCAUUGGAAUCGUCCACGGCCGAAGUUCCAGAUGACUUACGGAAAUUAUGGCAUGAUUAUACAGAGGAGAGGAAAGCGGAAGGAAAGAACGUUGUCAAAAACAGUGGCUUCACCGGAAAAGGAUUCAAGUUUAACGACGAAGAGGCGGCUAAAGUUAACGAGGCGAAAAAGAUUCAGAAAUGGGCUCUUGGUCUUCAAGACUCUGAUGAUGAGGCUGAAGCUGAAGAGAAGGCUGUGGAGGAAAUUGACAAACAAUUGGAUGCUGUGUUCAGUAAAGGAAAACCGCACAUCAAGAAAGCGGCGCCAGUAGGAGGCGAACAGAUCAAAGGCGAACAACAAGCUAAACUUAACUUGGCCACAAGCAUCGCAGCUAAAAUCAACCAGAAGAUCAUCGCCGGAACAAAUAACAUGGACCCGACUCAGCAAGCUGCCAGUCAGAUUAUCAAAGGAGGAACUGUCACUGCUCUUACCGGUCUUGGGCUAGCCAAGCAGCUAGCCGAGAAGAUUCAUGGGAAGAUCGGUUAUGAAGCUCCAGUGGAGGAGACAAAGCAGGACGAGAAACAGACUGAGAAUGAACAGCGAUACGAGGAUGAGGUAGAAAUCAAUGACUUCCCACAGACUGCCAGGUGGAAAGUUACUUCUAAGGUAUGUGUAGAGUGCUUUCACCAAUCAUGGAGGCAAAUUAUUUAAAAGUACCGAGGCAACAUUCAUUGCUUUGGAAAUACAGAGCUCUCAGAGGAAAAGAGGGAAAAAAAUUACAGGUAAAUACCGCCAUUUCGAACUCUCAGGGGAAAAGAAAAAUAGUUUGAAAUAGCGAGAUUUCGAAGUAGCCGAUAGUAAAUGACUGAAGGAAGAUGGCUUUGAGUUCGAAGUAACGGGGAAUUCCAAAUAACGGAGUUUUAUUAGCGGGGUCCAACUGUCCGUAAUUGUAUUUUCUUACCACGACUUGCGGAGGCUUAGCUGUUCUAUU